AUGGCCAGAGAGAGCUUCCAGGAUCUUCCAAAUGUACCGGAUAUCCAUGAGAUCCAUCCGUGCUCCCACGCCGAGGCUCGCUCGGAGCUUCCAGGCCUCGGUUCUGAUGAUGCGCGCUCCGUCGCGUCUGACGCGUUCAAGCAGCUGGUGGAGCAGUUGGUGCUUCAACACGUGAAGGAGCUCACAGAAGCACGACGUCCUCGGAUGAACAAGGCCUCUGCUGCCGAGUUUGGUGAUAGCACGAGGCCACCAGAACCACAGCAACCACCUGAAGUGCUUCCAAUGGAUUCUGGCACAAAGUCGUUCACAGGUAGCAAAGCUGCGCGCAGGGAGUUGCAAGCCAAGGAGCUCUUGGAGGCUUUGGAGGAUUCGAUGCCAAUGACUCCAACGACAGACAAAGAUGCGAUCCCAGAUAUCGUGAGCAAGUUCGACACUACGGGCAAGGUUGUCGAAGACAUCCUGAGUCAGACCCGGACGGCUCCUCAAAUGCAAGAUUGGUCAGAAAUGGACAGGACGGAAAUGUCUUUCGGCGAGCAGUUGUACUGGUGGUUGCAAUCCAGCCGUUUCGAGAUGUUGAUCAUUUGCCUCCUUUGCGCCAACAUUUUUUGGAUGGCUUUGGAGCUACAGAUUGCCGGAUCUUUCACAGCCUUCGAAUCAAACUUGGUACCUUCUCCAAGUUUUCCACAGGAGGCGAAGCCAGCCCUCGACGAGAUGCUGCAGAUCGGUGAUAUCAUAUUCUCCGGACUAUUUCUUCUCGAGGUGUCUAUCCGCAUCAUAUGUUUGGGCAAACAGUUUUGGAAGGUCUUGCUGAACUAUGCAGACCUGGCGGUGAGCUUGGUUUCUGCAGUGGAAGUCAUCUCCACCUUGCUGGUGAUGCCUGUUAGCCCGGUGUUGGUGCGCAUUCUACGGCUUGGGAAGCUCGCGCGCGUUAUUCGCCUGAUCAGCAUGGGGAGUGUCCUCCAAUCGCUCCAAUUGCUUCUGAAGAGUUUGAUGUCCAGUAUUGAUAUGCUCUUCUGGAGUUUCUGCCUCCUUGCAUUUUUGCAAUGCGUGGCUGGCUUGGUGGUGAGCACCCUGUGCCGAGAGUACCUGGCCGAUGUCACCGUUGAUGCAGACUUGCGUGACCAAGUCUUCCGCUACUUCGGGACCUUCACACGCACAUUUCUCACGAUGUUUGAAGUGCUCUUCGCGAAUUGGGGGCCAGCAUGUCGAGUGCUUGUGGAGAACAUCAGUGAGUGGUUUGCCCUAUUCUUUUUAUUUUACCGGUGUGUAAUUGGGUUCGCAGUCCUGAACGUGGUAGGGGCAGUUUUCAUUCAGCAAACACUCAAGACGGCACACUCGGAUGAAGAGCUGGCAUACAGACAGAAGGAAAAGGAGAUCCAAGCCUACACGCGGAAAGUUCGGAAACUGUUUCAGUCGAUGGACGAUUCAGGCGAUGGCGCAUUGAACUUAGAAGAGUUUUCCAAGCUGGUGACGAGUCCAAAGUUGAGCUUCUGGAUGAGUCAGCUGGAAUUGGAGUACCACGAUCUCCUCAGCUUGUUCGAGUUUCUCGAUGACGGAGAUGGACAGAUUACGCUGGCCGAGUUCAUCGAAGGUUCCGCACGGUUUAGAGGCGGAGCGAAAGCAUUGGACAUAUGGCGCUUGGAGACGAAAGUUGAAGUUCUCUUUGAGGAGAUGUUGAACCUGAUGCACACAGACGAUCCUGAAGUUUCGUCCUACGUGCAGCGUGCAUUCACACACUCGGCUUACUCACACAUGAAGAGCGCCUUGCGCCGGGCUGAGCCGAAGGCUGAAUGCUGA